CUCGUGCCACCGAAUUCCUCCGGCUCCGAGCAAAAACCCUCGUCUUCCUACUCCGAUCGAGACCGCGUCGCCGUCUCCGAGAUCGCCAUGGCCGGCGGCGGCGACCUCCAGAGCCCGAAGAAGCGGAAGCGUGAUGCGGCGGGGAAGCCCAAGACGCUGGCGAAGGGGGGAGACGACGGGAAGAAGCGGAAGAGGCCCUCAGAUGCCAACAUGGCGCAAGGCGGCGGCGGCGGCGAGGUCAAGGUGAAGAAGGAGCCGGUUACUGCCAAGGAGAAGCGCCUGGCUGCUAAGGAAAUGGCAGAGUCAAGGAAGAAGAAGAGGAAACGGAAUUACAGCCUCGAGAAGGAGCUUACUGUACUAUGGGAAAAGAUGCGAUGCCACAAUGUGAGCAGCACGGAGAGAUCUAAGCUGGUAAGUGAGGCUCUCCGUAAAAUGGAUGGGAAAUAUUCAGAAAUUGCUGGUUCCCACGUAACUGCACGUGUUUUACAAACAUGCGUGAAGUUGUGCUCACAAUCAGAAAGGGAUGCGAUUUUUGAAGCCCUACAGCCAGAUUUGCUAACUCUCUCUCUCAAGAAAUAUGCUGUUUUCCUUGUAAAGAAGCUCAUUAAGCGAGCCACUAAAAAGCAGUUUGAAUGGUUCAUCUCUUCUCUUCACGGUCGUGUUGCUAAACUUCUUCGUCAUACUAUAGGAGCUUCAGUCGUUGACUUUGCAUAUCAACUGGCAACACCGCCUCAGAAAAGAAGGUUGCUAUUGGAAUUGUAUUCUACUGAGCUCCAGCUGUUCACUGACCUGACUGGACAGAAAACCCACAGUUUGUUAGAGACAAUUUCCAACCUUGGAUUACAAAAAUCAUCUGUACUGCAGCAUAUGACUACCGUGAUUUAUCCGAUCUUGGAGAAAGGUAUCGUUGAAUAUCCUAUAGUGCACACGGCUGUAUUGGAGUAUUUUACAAUCGCUGACAAGACCUCGGCCACUGAUGUGAUUCGACAAUUUAUCCCCCUUCUUACACAAGGAUCAUCUGCCAUUGAUGGAGAUGAGCCAUCGGUUGCCCCUGAAUUACAAAAGAAACUGAAAGCUAAGAAAAAAAGGUUGACAGAGCCACUUCUUGUUCGGAUUAUGAACACCAGAGAAGGAUUAAAAAUAGGAGUUAGUUGCCUCAAGCAUGGAAGUGCAAAGGAUAGGAAGAAGAUCAUUAAAAGUUUGAAGGGGCACAUUAUGAAGCUUGCUCUUAGUGAUUAUGGAUGCAUUUUACUUGUUGCCAUUCUUUCCGUUGUUGAUGACACAAAGCUUGUUACCAAGAUCGUAAUUCAAGAGCUCGCCAAACAUUUGAAGCAACUUAUUUUUGACAAGAAUGGAAGACGUCCAUUGCUGCAACUACUUCACCCUAAUUGUUCACGCUAUCUGCCUCCAGCUGAUCUGGCUUGUCUGAACUAUCGUGUGCCUUCUCUUAUUUCAAAGGAUGAAGCUUCCGAGAGUGCUGCAGAAGAUAUCCCAGAGAAUAAGGUGGAUGUUGCAACUAAUAAGGAGCAAGAUGGUUCAGAAAGCAUGCAGAGUGCGUCUGACAGCAAAAAGGACCCAUUUCAACGGCGACAUGAAUUGUUGAUCAAAAGUGAACUUGCCGAGGUGCUCAUCCAGACUCUCAUUGAGAAUGUCGGGGAGUUACUUCGAACAAAUUUUGGCAAAGAUGUAUUGCAUGAGGUUGCGGUUGGUGGAGAAGAUAAUAUUCUGGAGGGCAUCACUGACAGGAUCCACAGCUUGCACAAUGCAAUAGCUUCUGAUGCAGCACGUCCAAAGGCAGAAGAUACUGAACAUGCCUUUGAUAACUAUCAUUCCAGCCGUCUAAUCAGAAGACUUAUACUUGAAUCUCCAGCAUUUGCUGCCAUCCUAUGGAAAAAAGCUCUUGAAGGCAAAUGCAAGACAUGGGCUGAUGGGCACAGUUCCAAGGUGGUCGCAGCAUUCCUUGAAUCGCCCGAUUCCAAGGUAAGGGAUCUUGCAAAAGCUGAGCUGCAGCCGCUGGUUGAUCGUGGCAUUCUGAAAAUCUCAGACCAUAAAGCAGUCGAAAAAUGAGUUUUGCACCUGACUUCCAAGCAUCUACAGCAAUACGAGAAAUCGACAGACGAACAUCCGUGCUUCUGUGUUGGAUGUUUUUUUUGUAACAUGAGUAUGUUCUGCGGAGCAAUUUUGUCACCUGUUAAAAGAGUGUAGCUACUGCUGUCACCAGUGAGUGAGUAUUAACUCUCCGUAAUGUUAUGUACCUUUACAGUAAAAUUGCAUUUAUUUUGGUAUGACUGCAAGAUACGAAUUC